GGUAAUUUUGUCAAAUCAGACGAACAAGCCAAAUCUUCCCGCCAAUAUAAGAGUUACCAGUAACUAACUUGGAACAAACUAAACAAACCAGCAAAAUUCCUGUGUCUCUCUCUUGCUCUCUCUCUAACGCGCGCUCUCGCUCUCUCUCUCUCUCUCUCUCUCUCUCACACACACAAACAUGACUGCCAUUUUUGCUCUCAUUUUCACCUCCAUUCUCCUUCUCACCACUGCUUCACCUCCACAACCAUCGCCGCCUCUGCCAUCAUCGUCACCAGACUGCACGGAGGAGCUCGUCGCUUUCUCCCCUUGCCUUGGCUAUGUCUCGGUGGAACCAAACAACCUGACGGACAUGGCUACUCCUCAGUGCUGCAACGCCUUCUCUAAAGCUGUCAAUGCCAGUGAUGGUAACUGCUUCUGUUAUCUUAUGAGGCAGCCUCUGAUCUUUGGAUUCCCGUUGAAUGAUUCGAGAGUGGUUUCUUUGCCUUCUGUUUGUUCUUCCGUUUACGGUUAUGGAGGUUUAGCGACAAUUGAUGGCGGAUCACUGGAAUCGAUUUGUUCAGGGUCAUCAGCACUGCCUCCUCUCCGGAGCACAACAGGUUUAAUGAUUCCAAAAGGACCUGAUUCUGAAGUUCCAGACAUUGCGUCAUCUCCUUCAACAAGUUUUCCAGCAGAAAACGCUGAGACUUCACCUACCCCGCUAAGUUUGAUACCAGAACCUGUUGUUAGUUCUCCGAUAGCUUUGAAAUCGCCACUAACUCCAGCCAAUCAUUCAUCUGCAGUGAAACAUAUUAGCAACAGCUGGGUUUUUCCUGGAACGCUAACUUCCCUGGUUAUCUUUUUCUUUUCAUGAACUGGAUCCUUUUAUUUUCAGUCAUCUGUAAUGCUGCACCUGCAAACACCAUUAUGAUUUCUUCACUCAUCUUUGUCACUGCAUAAUCGACGAGUGACACUUGAUUUUGAAAUAGCAUAUACAGUUUCAAGCAAAA